ACCCCAACGAGUCCAACCGUGUUUUCCUGCUAUGCGGAUUGGGGCAAAUCUCGUAUCACAAUGAGUCUGUCUCAUUACGGCAUAAAAGGCAAAGGCACGGCUUUGCACAAGUUUUAUAUGGUCAGUCGAGGUUAGGUCGUGUCCCAAUGGUCGCUCCGGCCCAAUCAAACCAUUUCUUGGGACAUGGGUCCAUCGGCCCCCCCAGCUGAAGGGCUCCAAGCAUUUCAACACCACCACACUCCCUGAGUCCUGCCGCACCCGAUCCCGAAGCUACGCACGCAAGUGGCCCGUUCAUCUCCCGUCGUGAGAAUCAACGGUCAUUGUCUCUGAAAUGAUGGCUGUGCGGCUCUCUAUCCAUCCUAGCAUCGCUGACUGCGCACCUCUGGAGCGUCGUGCAGUAACCAGCAACCCUGACAUAUGCGCUAUGCCUCUUGCCUCUCCACGCUUUCCAUCUUGCUCUGGAAUAUAUAUACUACGUCUUCGCCACUGCAUGUUGUUUCCUCAUCGCCAUACAAGCUCAUUCCAAACUUGACUGUUUCCCUCUUCGUUCUUUCUGCUUGCAUUUCCUAGCGUGUUUUACAACCUUCAACUUGACAGUCUCUUCAGCGUUUCUUCUCCGUCAAAUUCCAUCUUCUCUCUCAAAUCUCAUCUUAUCAUCUCGACACACGCCAGUCAACAUGUGCUAUCAAGUCGUCGAGCGUUACUCGGUGUGUCGAUGCCUCUACUACAAGCAUGCCGUCGACCCAUGUGCAGCCUACGGACAAAGCGGACAUACUGUGCAAGAGAAGACGGUACUCGUGGGAUACACCUGCAACAGCCACAGUAGCCACCGAACGCAACUUGGGUACGGCAUGGGGGUGCUCCCCGACUCUGGAUACGAAAGUGGCGCAUACCCACCCACUCGGUGAAUCCACCGCACUGCACACCUCGAAAGAGCAGCAUAUCACCGGAAUUCCAACCUACAUUCGAUUGAUCCGCUCUUCUUGGAUCCAGCCGAGUUAUGAUUCACUUCUUUUUACCCCGGCUCUUCAGCGCACCUGCGCGUUCACUUUCACUGAGCACCUUCUCUCGUUUCUUUUAUCACAUGGGCAUUGCAACGGAGUAUCUUCUAUCACGACAUUCUGGUUCAGAGCGGCUAGAACAUGGAGCAUCACGCACGGGCGUACUGGAGUAGAGGCUUUGAUUUUACCGCCCUGUUUUUUUUUUCCUUGUUGUCUUGGGUUAGAUUAAGGGAAGUGACGACGAAAGAUAGACCACACGGCAUGGCAACGGAGUCUUUGGAUGCUUGCAUGGUUCCCCUGUGUUUUCAUUCCUUCAAUGUCUCUUUUGUUCUUGCUUCUUCUACGAUGUAUUAUUACGCCAUCUCUUUCCACUGUUUGUUAGCACCUGUGGAUGACCACACGGAGUUUAGUCGCCGAAUGUUUACCUUCAUGUAUACGAAUCUGCCUUGGCCCCAGCAUUAUACGUACGAUGUGC